AAGCCAGUAGAUCAAGGAACCUCCUGUGCCUCAAAGCACAAGUCUUACCACCACAGUCAUGGCAACACUGUUAUGGACAACGAUGAUGGUGAUUCUUUCACAACAGGAAAUUCUUGUAAAAGGUAAAAGGAUGAAGUAUUCAAUUUGAAAAUCGUUUCCUUAAAUGGCUGACUUCAUCAAAUUCUAAUUUUUGCAUUUCAUAAAAAAUUACUUUCGAUCUUCAAGAAAACACAGAACACAUGUUUGUUUGUUUGUUUUUUUUUUUGCUAUAACGGUUCUCAUUGGCUCUCAAUAACGUUAUCCUUUCAGAUUCGUCGUUGUAGUUUUUUUAUGUUUAGUUUUAAGACGCAGUCAAAAUGUGUUCCGUCUUUCCUAAAAAUCUUUUUUUCAUUUCUCAUUAUAGCGGACUGCUUUGAGAAUAUGAUCACUAACGUCACAUACACAGCCUCGUCAACUAAAACGAAUUACCCGCCAAGUGACGCCGUCAUAGAUAACGACGGGGCCUGGUGCACAGGCGAGAUUCCUCCUAACCAGUACCUUGAUGUGAACCUCGGCAACCUCUAUGACGUAUGCGGUGUUAAAAUACAAGGCUAUGCCGAUGGCACUGUCAACUCUUAUCCUAGCAAAUAUAAACUGGCGUUCUCCAGCAAAGAAAAUGUUUGGUCGGUUCCCACACAGGUUAAUAUACUCCACGCAUACCCUUGUCAUUAAUCUCGUACCCAGAUCCUACCAUGUAACUGUAACUGAAAUGUACAACCGCUUCGCUGUGGAAGGUCUGGGUACGAGAGUACCUUGUCAAGUGAUUAUGUCAAUCAUUAACAAUGGUCAUUUUCUCUCCAUCUCAAGCGCCUCUUGACCUUUUUAGCGGGUCGGUUUUUUUUUCUCAAUGCGGGUCAUGUGAUAAUAUUUGGAGAACUCUUUAUUUCAAAUUUUGUUCUAUUCACGUACAUAUGAACCCAUAAUUUGCAAAAAGAUAAAAAAGGUGAAAUUCCCUUGAGUCAUCAAUUGGGAAAACAGAACAUACAAGCUAACAUAAGGGUUUAUUACAACAUAUUUAUCUACACUCUAUCAAAAAUCUCAGUUUUUUUCCGCUCUUUUAGGGAGAUCCCCCACCCCUAUGAAAGCAAUUACUCUGAGCUCAACUUCUUGGGUGGGUCUGUCAGUAGUCCAAUAGUUUGAUGCUUCUUUAAGAUAAGUACGGGUAAAAAGAAAAUCGCUCUGACUUAUACCUCUUGCGCUGUCUUAUAUUUUCACAUUUUACGAGUUAUUCACGGUCAGUGGUUAACGUUUAUUUGGUUUACUUCCUUGCGAUAGGAAUUCGUUACUAAUUCCGCCGACGCGAAUGAUACUAUUCAAAAUCAGUUGGUGGAAACAAGAGCAGUAUCCAGCGUGCGAUUCCAGCCAACACAAGUAAAUGGAUCAUCGAUGUGUCUCAGAGUUGCAGUUUAUGGAACUCCAGGUGACAUUAAAUGCGGAAAAGAUUAUUUUAUGUUCUCAUUCCUCCUAAUAUGAUGAUAAAAUGUGCCCUUUCUGUUUCAAUUUUUAAACAGUAUGUGUUCUGUCGUUAUUUAUAAUAAUCGUCACACUUUUUAAUACCUGUCGCUGUCCUUUCUGUAGGGCUUUAUUACGAUCUGACGAAAAUGCUUUUUUCAUAUUUUCAUCUAAUAUUUCAUUUAUUCCUUUUUAGCUUUUAACGUUUCCUGUGACGCGUUUUGGAUGAACGUCACCAUUUCUAAACAUACUCUGGGGUCAGAUUUACACGAGCUGUACAUAAACCAGCGGACUGAUGAGUGUACGCAUACUAUCAAUCCUGACGAGGACGUCUCUCUUCAUUUAAAAACUGGCGCAUGCGGAAUGAGGGUAUCACAACGCGGCAAUUAUCUGCAUUACCAGAACACGGUGCACGGUGAAGCGGGAAGAAACGCGCAAGGAGUCAAGAUCACUUUCACCCACGACAUAUCAUUUGACGCUACCUGUAUCUAUGAGAGGAACGCAACUCUAAAAGCCGACAUCGAGACAAUUAAUAAUUUCAAACUACCAACUACAAGCAAAGGUAUUAGUUUUACUUUUAAGCUUUGUUGGUCAUAGAUGGUUUCAGACAAUUCAAAAUGGCCUAUUGACUUGUAUGUUAAAAAUUGUUUGUUUGUUUUUUUUUUUUUCCUUUGAGCUUUUCAGGGCACAAAGGGUAAGGCUUGGAUAAUAGCAAAACAAAUGCAUAAAUGUGUAAUUUCAUUUUUUCGCACUUGUUUGCUUCACUAAUCAACGUACAAAGGCAACGCAAACGAAAGAAAUCAACACCUUCUUUAGACUUGCGUUCGGUUCCUGAAUCAACAGUGUUAACGAAAGUUCACAGCCCAAUUUGUAUGUUCUGCAUCUCUGGCGUGAGAAAUGUCACGAUAGAAAUGCAUAGUUCUGUAAGUUUUAAAAAAGUUAGCACUUGACGGGGAGAAAGCACGAUAUCUUGCGGAAUCGAUAUGGAAAAUAUCUCUUAAAGUUCCGUUUUUAACAGAAAAUGCUAUUUUAGAAAACACAAAAUAGUUUAGAAAUCGGUCACUCUGAUUUAUUUGAUUUUAGAGUACGGAAGCUUGGAUUUUAAAAUGAGGGCAUUCCGUGACAGUGAUCAUUCUAAAAAACUCGAAUCUAACGCCGGGCCUUUGGCGAUUGGAAGCACGUUGUACAUAGAGGUCGAGGUUCUUUCAGCUGACAAAGAUCUGCACCUUCUGUUGGAGAGAUGUUGGGCGACAGCCUCGUCAGUUCCAACGGAUGUGAAUCAGCGUCAAUUUGUCCUAGACGGGUAAGAAUAUUAAAGACCAGUGUGUCAUGAUUAAAAUGUAUCUGAUCCCAUCAUAAGGUUCUGUAAUGUUCCCCCUCCCCUACCCCCCACAUUGGCAGUUGAUUGAAAGUCAAUUUAUUAUGUCCCUACUCCCUAUAUAUUGUGUAGGCGAUCCCGCCAAACUCCUCCACACCUCCCUCCGUGAGAUAAGUAAUGACUUGGCAUUUUGGCACAACAAGAAGCAUAGAUAGCUGUAAAUGGGAGGAAGAGCGUUCGGAAAAUUAUAGGGUGAUGUGGGGGCGGCCCUGAUGCUAUCUAAAUACCCGAAGGCCUGGGGUGGAAAAGAAGGGAUAAAACUGUGAUUUGCACGCUUUUUACUGAGAAAUAUCAUCUGGGUCACUGCUACUAGGAAUCUCAAGAGAAAAUUGGAAACAGGUUUAAAAUCAACAUUUUAUACCAUUUGGUGGAGAGUAUUCAGAUAAGGACUUUUCAAACCAAAAGAGGCAGCGUCUCUCAAAGGCUCUUUGUUGUGGAUAUUUGUUUUUCUCUAAAUAGUAACUCCUCACAUUUUUUUUUUAUACCUUGAUACAGAUGUCCAGAUACUGACUCCGACAAUCGUACGGCACAUUCCUGCCAAAAAUCUUCGCUCCAAAAGUUUGAAUUCGCAGUGUUUCGUUUCAAAGUUAGUGACGUCGUUUUCGUGCAUUGUGACGUAUUUGUCUGCUUGGCUGGAGUCCAGAAUUCAAGUUGCUUCGAUAAAUGCGCAGCAUGCGAUGACAAAUUGGGGAGAAAGAGAAGAUCAAUUGAAGAUGAAAAUUACGAUAAAGGAUCCAGGCCUCAUCAUCUCAGGAUUGGCCCAUGGCAGAUUGAAGAGGAAGGCAAAGGUUUUCAGUUUUUCUUCAUUAAUAUUAGAAAUAUUUACUUUUGAAUAACGGGGUACAUAUCUUUUUUCUGAGAUCAGUGAGCAUCCAAAAUUUCUCCAUCCUUGACCCCUUCAUAACUUCCCUCAUAUAAACUUCUCUCUUCUCCAGUUUGAACUCUUACCUUUCACCUCUAAUUCCCUUCCUUAUUUCUCUUCCACUAACCCCUCACCCCCAUAUUUGCCCCUUACAUCACGUCCCUCCCUCAUCGCUCUUCGUCCUUCACUCCUCGACCUUUGCCCCUAAUUCCCGCCAUCAUCCACUCGUCCCCAGUCGUUCCUCUACCUUUGACUGUCAAGAGGAAGCGCGCUAGGAUGCGCGGAGACGUUUCCUUCGUCGUAGUAGUUCUAGUCGCUCACGAAAGUUCAGCUGCGUGUUAUAAAUGAGAACAAACUGAAGAACAGUCAGCAUUAUAUCCUUCUAAUUUAGAAUCUUUCUGAAUAACUGUUAACAAAAAAACUUUUUCUCAUGCGCGGAUAUCUACUUAAAAACCUGUCUCUCUUGUAGAUGCUUCUGCUGAUACGACCACCAAAGAUGAUUCCACUGAUUACAUGACAAUCGUACUGGCGGUCACCGGUUUCGUCGCCGUUGCUUUGCUUGUCGCAGUUACCGCCGUGAUUGUGAUACACAUGCGCAGGAUGGCCAGCCCCACAGAGCACUCUAAGAUCCUUCGACAAGGAUCACCUAGGAAGGAGAGAAAUAUUAGCAUGUGAAUGAGUUGACCAAGCUUGUAUUUGCUUGGAUCGAAUUUUAGUUUUGCAAAAUUGUAAAGAGCCUGUAUAACAUAUAGAUAGAACCUUCUGCAGUUUUUCGCUUGUGUGUACUAAAGCGAGUUAAAAAAUUAUUUUAGGUCAACUGCUAAUUACUGCGAGCUCGCCAUGUUGGUCAGAGACGUUGCUGAGCAACAUGAGACAUGGGCUUGUGAAGAUUUAAUUGGGUGGUGGCUCAAAGUUUAUUGUUCGAUUACUCACAGUUUCUUUGUAAUCUGAGUCCGAAAUGAAUCUGAAAUCUCUGUAAGGGAAGUGCCUGAUUGACUGAUAGAGAGGUUUAAUAGGUUUGACCUGUGCGAGGGAAACAUUUUGAAAAACUCGUGACCAUAUCAUCAGUUUUCAUUUCUAAUCGCUGACGAGUUUCAACAAGCCGUUCGCGGCAGCUGCAUUCAGAACUCUGAUUUUGUUCACUUUCAUGCAGGCCUUAGAUAAAUUGUGUCGGAAUAGAAGAGAAAAACCUCCGUCUCACUGUAAAUUAAAAUGUUUUUUCUUAAGUGUCGAUAAACUUAAGAGCUAAUGUCAGCAUGCAUCAAACAAACAGCGGCAAGUCACCCAAAUUUGUUUUCCCUCCUACUUUUAUAUUUUGUAGCCCAAUAUUUCUAAUAAUUGUGGUGUAGUUUUUUUGUUAAAAUAUAUUUUAGUUUUCGAGAAAUAUUUUUUUUCGUUCGACCGCUCAAAUAUGCAAAUUUUCACCGUGAUUAUUACCCGAGUUAUGUGACCUCAUGUAUCGAAUGUACUAGACCUACGGUAUUUCUGUGAACAUAAUCCUUUGUUUUAUCAUCUAAACUUAAUCCCCUGUCGUUAUUGAAGCUACCAAAGAAAUAUUUAUUUUUUUGGUGAAUAUUUUUGUCCGACAUACUUUUCCUAUGUCGAAAAGUAGCAUCAAAACAAAGACAGUUUUAACAAUGACCGAUAAUCUACUGAGCUUCAAGCUUUUAACAGACCAAAGGAUGGUUAUAAAGUUACUAUAAAAAUUUCUUUGUGUAUUUGCGUUGUUCUAUCUUGAGACGAACUCAAAGUCCAGUAAAAUUUACUUGAUAGCGACUAUGAAAUGUACAUGGUGUGCCUGCUUGUCGCCACCGUUAACUGGCAUAAAUCACUACAAUUUGCAAAAAAAUCUAACAUAACACUCUUAUCUUGUUUAUUUAUGAUUUUUUUAGCUGUUUCGAUGAUCACGUUAAUUAUGCUCUACCACAUUCUAGCCAGAUUUGAGUUCAAAAGUGCCAAAAGAAAUGUCCGGCCAUGGUGAAGGUAGGGUUAAGUCGAUUCCAAAAGCUGAUAGGGGAAUUAGCAAGCGUG